GGCCAUCGAGCUCAACGGCCACUUGAAUAUUCAGUAUGGACACUAUCGAGGACGAGAAAUACAUCUUCACCCAAUCCUCGUCUCCUGUCCACGGCAAGGUCUCUCGAACACCCACAACGCCUGGGCAAUUAAUCCUUCGGCCCUCAUCUGGACAACACGUCAACGAUCUUUCACUUCAUGAUUUCCUCGAAUUCUUCAUCGCGACCCGACACAUCGCACUCCAUCUCCAAUCCAGCACAUCCGUCCAUCGUGUCGCCAUGGCGUGCGACGGAAUCGAAGUCCAACUCAUACCUCUGCACGGAAUCGGCGAAGAGUGGCAACCCAUACUUCACGGCGAGAAGGUGUGGUAUGAUCCCUGGCCGGGGUGGUUCACCACAAAGAACGGACCGACGGCGACGCCUGAAAGUCUCGUCGCCACACAAACACAGAUCACGGCGGUUUCUGAUCUACAACAGCCCUAUGACCUAUCCUUCUACGACAAUGAGACUGGUGCAGAUGUUUCUAAGCCUUCUACGGAAGACAUAAGCCUCUUUGCACGUCUCGUACGCGGCGAACUCGAGCAGUGGCGUGUUUGGGAGUCACCUUCCCACGUCGCGUGGCUCACCCCGUUCGCGAACACGCGGGGGUUCACGGUCCUCGUCCCGAGGAGGCAUUUAUCGUCGGAUGUGUUUGGUGGGCUUGCAGAGGACGAGUAUAAGGGUUUAUUGGAGGUCACUUGGGAGGUUAUGGGAGUGUUGAGGAAAGCGUUCGCUGGUGGUGCGGAGGAGAGAGUCAGGGUGGCGAUAUUCUUCGAGGGGUUCGAGAUCGAUUAUACCCAUGUGAAGUUACUUCCGGCGAUCGUGCGCGAUGGAGAGGUUCCAGGGAGUGGAUACGGAGGGAAGGAGUUCAACGCAGAAUAUUAUGAAGUGUAUCCUGGCUUCAUUACGACGCAGAGGGGCCCUCCGGCAUCUAAUCAGGAGGAGGUGGUUUCGUUUGCGGGGAAGAUGAGGCAGGCCUUGCGCGUAGAAGUGUAGUCCAUUUGAGCCGUUUAUGCCCGAGUUUUUUAUGCAUGUGAUCUGUAUGUAGCGACUGUGGUAGAGUUGUGCGCCACAUUGAUGUGGAUGCUUCCAGGG